AUGGCAGGAACCCAAUCGCUCCCCCCUCCGGCGCUGCCGCAGCUUGUCGCCGAACAGCAUGUCCCUAUCCCCCCAACGGACAAGGACAGCAAGCGACUUAUUGUCGUCCUCUCAAACGCCAGUCUCGAGACGUACAGGGCUUCGCAUGGCGGGUCGAACCGCAUGGGUGCUCCGAGGGAGGAGAAGUACUCACUUCUCAACAGCGACGAGCACAUUGGCGUCAUGCGCAAAAUGAACAGGGACAUCAGCGACGCCCGUCCGGAUAUCACGCAUCAGUGCCUUCUCACUCUUCUCGAUUCACCAGUAAACAAGGCGGGGAAGCUGCAGAUUUACAUCCAGACGGCCAAGGGCGUGCUGAUCGAGGUCUCCCCCUCUGUUCGCAUUCCUCGGACAUUUAAGCGAUUUGCCGGUCUGAUGGUUCAGCUGCUUCAUCGUCUCGCCAUCAAGGGUGCAAACUCGCAAGAGAAGCUCCUGAAAGUGAUCCAAAACCCCAUCACGGACCAUUUGCCCCCGAACUGCCGGAAGAUCACUCUCAGCUUUGAUGCCCCGCUGGUGCGAGUGCGCGACUAUGUCGACACACUCGGCCCAAGCGAGAGCAUCUGUGUUUUCGUGGGCGCCAUGGCCAAGGGACCCGAUAAUUUCGCCGACGCAUACGUGGACGAGAAGAUCUCCAUCAGCAACUAUAGCUUGUCGGCGAGUGUUGCCUGCAGCAAGUUCUGCCACGCCUGUGAGGAUGCCUGGGAUAUCCUCUGA